CGGGAUAGGGGCCACCUGAGUAACCACCGUCCGCAGGUCGGGAUGCACCAGCGACCCCACCUCAUCGCUCUCCACCGACUAGACACUAUCUUUUGUAUCCCAUACUAUUAUUUCUAGUUUUUUUUUUGUCAUCUGUUUGGUAGUCGUUAAAGAAUUGAGUUGAAAUUGUGUGUUCAUCUCUGCAACCAUUGCUCCAAUCAUGGGCUCCUGGCUCCGCAACUGACCACUCGUCGAAAUAGUGUUGGGAUGGCUAGCCGCGAUCGGCAUAACUAUCUUCGCUACUAGGCGUUGCAUCGGCGCCCCUUGUCAGUAACUGUAGGAUCUUCGUUAUCUUGUUCAGACUUAUAUUUGGUGCUGGACACAAGUAUAGAACACAUUUGGACACAUAGUGCCAAUGCGCUGACAUCACUUGUCACUAGUUGACGUCUGGUGAUUUGGAGGAUCUGGAAAAAGAAGUAUGCGGCACAGAUGUGCGACGAACUAACUGUGUGUGAAAUCAUAGACAACCUAGAUCAUCCUUUCGGCGAUUCUUACGAAUUGAUGGAUCGCAAGUGGACUGAGUGACUACGGAAUCCAUUGAUCCCAACAUGGAGCUAGUCAACAUUUUGCACAAUGUCAUGUCAAGCAUGGAGUGUACCUCUUGGGGACCAAACAAUAUUUUCCAAGCAAGCUGGCAAUUUUUCUUCUGAACCAGACCAUGACGUUUUCUGUUGCAAAUAGAAACACAACCAAAUUGAACAAAACUGCAGAUAAUAAGUUUGACGGAGUCCUGCUGGUCCGGCUUCAUCCAUCCUUUUCCAUCCUGUAUCUGAAAUUUAUUCCUUGGACGGUUGGAGCUGUAAAGUCCACCCGUCUGAAUCAGGUGAUCGCUAGCGAAUUCAAUGCAACAAUGGCGAUACCUCUCGGCAUAAUCGCUAGGUACUACUAGAUUUUUGUUCCAUUUAGAAACUCGCAGCCUCCAUACCAGGAGAAGAGUUAGCUAGCCAGAGCCCAGAGCAGACACCGCAAGGCAAAAAAUUUACCUCACCGGCUCAUCGUCACCCUGCAACAAGCAAGCAGAGAGAUGCUCCUCGCGUUGCUCACCGUGCUCGCUUGGGCGUGGCCCGCCGCGGCAUCGGUGGCAUCGCAGCCAAUCGGAUCAACAUGCCAGCGCCGGUGCGGGGGCGUGGACAUCCCGUACCCGUUCGGCAUCGGCCACGGCUGCUACCUCUACACGGGAGAGAACGACCUCACCUUCGGCCUCACCUGCAACCUCACCGCGGCAGGCAGCUACGCCCCCUUCUGCGGCGGCCUGGAGGUCCUGUCCGUCUCCCUGCCCCGCGGCAAGGCGCGCGUCCGCAACAACAUCAGCGCCUGGUGCUACAACGCCACGUCCCGGUCCAUGGACGACCAGAGCGGCAACCUGUGGACGGACGUCUCCGACUCCUCCUUCACGCUGUCGGAUGAGGAGAACCGGCUCACCGUCGUGGGUUGCAAUUCGCUCGCCUACGUGAGCUCCUCCUCGGUGUCCCAGUUUGCCACGGGCUCUGACUACAUGACCGGGUGCAUGGCCACGUGCCCGGGAGGCGCCGCGGCUGUGCAGCAGCUGGAGAACGGCUCCUGCGCUGGCAUGGGCUGCUGCCAGGCCGCCAUCCCCAAGGAGAUCAACUCCUACGGGGUGGUGUUCGAGGAAAAGUUCAACACCUCCCAGAUCAAGAACUUCAGCCGGUGCAGCUACGCCGUCCUGGUUGAGGCGUCGGCGUUCGACUUCCGGACCACCUACGUCACCACCCGCGACUUCAUGGAGUCCACCGGCGGGACGGUGCCGCUAGUGCUUGACUGGGUCGUAGGGAAGGAGACGUGCCAGGAGGCGAGACGGAACGCCACGGCCUACGCCUGCGUCAACGGCCAUAGCGUGUGCGUCGAUUCCAGAAACGGCCCGGGAUAUCUCUGCAAGUGCUCUCGUGGAUACGAAGGCAACCCAUACUUGCAAGGCGGCUGCCGAGAUAUUAACGAGUGCGAGGGGGGCGAGUACCCGUGCUCUGUUCCUGGUACCUGCAUCAACACUCCUGGGGGAUCCAGGUGCACUUGCCCUGACGAGACGACCGGCAAUGCUUAUACCGGCACAUGCGAGGCGGAGAAAUCUCAACUUGGGGUGCACAUCGCAAUUGGUGUUAGCGUCAGUGUAGUUGUACUAGUGAUCAGCAUGUCUUGUGCUUAUAUGAUCCACGAAAAGAGGAGCCUCGCCACUGUUAAAAAGAGGUACUUCAAGCAGCAUGGAGGCCUCUUGCUGUUCGAGGAAAUGAAGGCAAAACAGGGAGUGUCGUUCACACUGUUCACCAAGGAGGAGCUAGAAGAGGCCACGGGCAAAUUUGACGAGCGCAACGUGCUGGGAAAUGGAGGCAACGGCACAGUCUACAAGGGCACGCUGAAGGACAGCAGGACCGUCGCCAUAAAGAAGUGCAAGCUCAUCGACGAGAGGCAGAAGAAGGAGUUUGGGAAGGAGAUGCUCAUCCUGUCCCAGAUCAAUCACCGGAACAUCGUCAAGCUAUACGGCUGCUGCCUCGAGGUGGAGGUCCCCAUGCUCGUCUACGAGUUCAUCCCCAACGGCACCCUGUACCAGCUCAUCCACGGCGGGCACCACCACCACGUCUCCUUCGCGACGCGCCUCAAGAUCGCGCACGAGUCCGCCGAGGCGCUCGCGUACCUGCACUCCUGGGCCUUGCCCCCGAUCAUCCACGGCGACGUGAAGUCUCCCAACAUACUCAUCGACGACAACUACACCGUCAAAGUUUCAGACUUUGGGGCCUCCACGCUGGCCCCGACUGACGAGGCCCAGUUCGUGACGUUCGUGCAAGGGACCUGCGGCUACCUCGACCCGGAGUACAUGCAGACCUCCAAGCUGACGGACAGGAGCGACGUGUACAGCUUUGGCGUCGUCCUCCUCGAGCUGCUCACGGGCAGAAAGGCGCUGAACCUUCAGGCGACCGAGGGCGAGGUGAAGAACCUCUCCUCUCAUUUCCUCCUUGCUGCCAACGCGAGGAGGCUCGACGAGAUAGUGGACGUUCAGAUCGUCAACGAGGAGAGCAUUGAGCCGAUCGAGCAGGUGGCCGGGCUAGCAAAGCAAUGUCUUGAGAUGAACAGCGAGAAGAGGCCAUCGAUGCGGGAGGUUGCGGAAGAGCUAGGCAGGCUAAGGAAGCUUCUGAAACAUCCAUGGGAUCAAAGGAGUUCCGAAGAGGAGAUGCGGGGCUUGCUUGUUGGGUCGCCAACACCAAGCACAUAUUCUGAUGUUGAACUGAGCAAUGCCUAUGUCAGCUUGGACGACUCUGCGUAUCUAGGAGUGCAAUCUCCGCGGUGAUUGCAUUUUUUUGUUGAUUUUGUGGGUAUCUACGUUUUGUCAAUUGUUGUACUAAGAUUCGUUGUGAACACUCGGUAAUUGUGCAGUCCCAACUAGCAUCUUCCCUCCUUGAUAUAGAACAAUGAGAGCUACUUUAUCUUCGGAACCUCUUAACUGACC